ACCAGCAGAACUAGAAAUGGACUGGUUCCACUGCAACCAGUGCUUCACGAGGAGGGGAUCCAAGUUUGCCGUGUCCAGCUGUGGCCACAUCUGCUGUGAAGCGUGCAUCAAAACUAAGCAGUGCAGCAUAUGUGGAACGAGCUGCAGUUAUUUGCCCAUCACAGAGGAGAUGAAGCCACAGGAAAAGGUGUUUUUCAAGGACCCUGUGAAGCUCAUCCAAUCACGGCUGGAGCACAUUUCGCAGGUUGCCCUUUUUCAGCGAUCACAGAUGGAGCGAGUUACAGCGUACUUCAAGCACAAGUCCGUUGAACUGGACAGGCGUCUGAAGGAGGUCACCGAGCAGAGUUACAGGCAACUCUCCGAACUGAAGAGAGAGAACGCUGACUUGAAAAAGCGGCUUUCAGAGCUGAAGAAGGAAGCCGCUGAAUUGAAGAAGCCACUUUCUCAGAGGAGGGUUUCUCCAGGACAUUUUCUAAUGGACGGUUCUCAAAGAAUGUCCCUUCCCGUCGCUGUCACGUCUCCAGUUACCCCUCGCUCCAGGCCGAUGAGUUUAGGCUCAGGAGAAAUGCAGGGGUGGGCCAGAGAUAGAGGUCCUAGUCUGUCCUCCCUCACAACUCCUGGAUCAGCUACCUCUAUUUCUAGUCACAGUUCUCUGCAUGAACAUGUAUACAGAACACCAACAUCCUACAGCACUUCUACGAGAACUCAGCGUCAGACUCCUGAUGUUUUCCAGCUCCAGUUUAUGAGUGGAUUAUCAAUACUGUCACCCAGGCAUUAGUGACAAAGGUCUCUAAUAUGUAAACACUUCAUUUAAGGAGUCAUUAGCGGAAUAUGUUCAUCACUGUCACAUCUUUGUUUGGUACAGGUAUUUUGUAAAAACACACAAAGGACAUUUUUCUGAUUUUACAAAGUUGUUCCUCUGUCAACCUGCAACAUUACAGUACUGAUAGACUCGUCAUGCAUGAUUCCUAGAAAUGC